ACAGUGCGAAGUCUGAAGUCCGAAGCUUCUCUCGCAUCUUCCGCGUCUAUGCUUCGCCUUGGUUCUCUUUUGACGUGGAGAACGGGUCAUUGCAGGGUGUAUUUUCUCUGAAAUUGCAAGCUUUGAUCUUUGAUCUUCUAUUAAUAUAUUGAAGGGUCUUCGUUGUUGGGUAUAGAUUUUGUGGGAAGAGCUUCUAAUUCAUUGCAUUGUUUGUGUGAACUUGCUAUCUGAAGGAUAAGGCUACAAUGCGUGCACCUUCAUUGCUUGCACAGUGCUUGCCUGGCUUGGCACCUCAUGAUCGUGGAAGUCACAGCAUGUCCACUAUUUCGGAGAGGGAUGUGCAUCUCCCUUCUCCGGCUGUUGAGAUUCUCCCAUCAAAGGCGGCUCACACUUACAAGUGUGCUGAGGACAAUGUAGACUUGGCAGGAAUCAACAUGUUGAAGGGAAGAGUUAGUGUUGCUGAUAUAAUUGCUUUUACUGGCUCAGAAAUGAUAUCAUCAAAACCUGAUGGAUUUCUGAAAUCUUGGGAUAGCUCAAUGGAUCUUGUAAAUGUCCUUAAGCAUGAGAUGCGGGAUGGACAAUUGAGCUUUAGAGGCAAAAGGGUGCUUGAGCUUAGUUGCAGCUAUGGCCUCCCAGGAAUAUUUGCUUGCCUGAAGGGAGCUUCUACAGUUCACUUUCAAGACCUAAAUGCAGAAACAAUCAGAUGCACAACUAUUCCAAAUGUUCUGGCCAAUCUUGAACAGGCUCGUGACAGGCAAAGCCGGCAGCCGGAGAGCCCAUUGACACCAUCAAGGCAAACACUUACCCCUGCUGUGCAUUUUUAUGCUGGAGAGUGGGAAGAACUCCCAACUGUCUUGUCUAUUGUGAGGAACGAUGUAUCUGAAGUGCCAACAGGGUUGAGCCUGAGUUUUUCAGAGGAGGAUUUCAUGGAUGUGUGUAGUAGCCAAGAUGGGAGCAUCAUAGGGCAUGAAUCUUCCUCAAGGCGGUCAAGGAAGCUUUCAGGGAGCAGGGCAUGGGAAAGGGCUAGUGAGACAGACCAAGGAGAAGGUGGUUACGAUGUUAUUCUAUUGACAGAAAUCCCAUACUCAGUAACCUCCUUGAAGAAGCUGUAUGGACUAAUAAAAAAGUGCUUGAGGCCUCCCUAUGGAGUCCUAUACUUGGCCACAAAAAAGAAUUAUGUCGGCUUUAACAGCGCAGCACGGCACCUGAGAAGCCUGGUGGAUGAAGAAGGAAUCUUUGGAGCCCAUUUAGUCAAAGAGAUGACUGACAGAGAGAUAUGGAAGUUCUUCCUCAAAUGACCAACAGAUUGAAGCUCACAGACAAGCAGUAAAAUUUACCAAUAUUUAUAUUUUCAUUUAUUCAACCUUAUUUCUUUUUUUCUCAAUCAUAUAUCACAAGCUUAUGUCAAUUUCUCAGUGAGUAUAAAUGAAUGAGGAUUGACAAAAAAUUCCCCGGUCUCCUAAUUUUGUUGCCUGCCUUGUUUAAUCAUCUUUCCUUCAUUUUUACUUUCUUUUCCUAGGUGUAUUGUAUCUUAAGCUGUAAAUCAAAAGAUGUAGUAAACUCUAGAGUUCUUGUUUUAUCAAAUUUAUAUAUCAAUUCCCAUUUUGUGACAUUCUUCUGAUUCUAUGCAACA